AUGGCGGCAGCAAACAAGUUUUGGGGCGGCGAGAGCUCCUCGUCGUCGGACAGCGACAGCUCGGACAGCGAUGACGAGCAGCUGGCCCCCGCGGCCUCGGCCCCGGCGCGCGGCAAGAUGCGUUGGGCGGAGGAGAGCUCGAGCGAGGAGGAGGUCGAGAAGAAGCGCACGGUGAGGUCUCACACUGACAAACGAUAUGACCAGUUGAUCGAGAGGAUUAAGCAGAUGAGCAACCACCUCAAGAUCGACGAUUUUGCAUCGCUCAUAUCCGAUUAUGAGGCCAUCGUCAAAAUGUUGGACAAGCUGAAGACGAUCGUCGAGCAGGACGGCGGACCCCCAGCUCAGUUUGUGAAAGCCAUCUGCCAGCUGGAGGAGUACACCGACAAGACGCACACGGACCUCCAGGAGAAGAAGCAAAACAAGGGCGAGAAGCUCACGGAGAGCAAGCAAAAGGCGUUCAAUACGCUGCGGGCCAAGGUGCGCAAGGGGAACAGGGCCUUCCAGGACCAGAUUGAGCGCUUCAAGGAGAACCCCCAGGACUUCGAGAGCGAGGACGACGAGUUCGAUAAGGACGACAGCGACUCGGACAGCGACGCGGGCCCGGCCGCGAAGUCCUCCUCCUCCUCGGGCGGCUCGAGCAGCUCGUCCAGCGACUCCGACAGCGACUCCGACAGCGACUCCAGCGGUUCCGACAGCGACUCCGACAGCGACUCCAAGUCGGACGCCAGCUCCAAGUCGGACGACAGCUCGGACGCGGGCGGGGACGCUGAGGCCGCUCUGGAGAAGAAGAUGCUGCGGUGGGUCAUCACGCCCGAGAUGGAGACCAAGCGGAAGAAGGAUAAGGAUGACAAGGCCGCCGCGUCGAAGCCAGGCAAGAACAAAGACGACGAUAAGAAGAAGAAGAGGCUGGGCAAGAGAGGUUCAUUGCGGGGUGGAGGGGGCCCAGAAGAGGACGUCCAGAAGAGCAGCAAGGAUGAUCUCACAGCGGAGGAAAUCAUGAAAAAAGUUUUAGAGAUCGCCCACUCGCGCGGUAAGCGGGGCUUCGACAGGAAUGUUUAUCUGAACUUCGACAAGCUGAGGGGCUGGCUAACCCACGCCGAGAAGCACGGGCCCCUCGAGCAGCUGUACAUCUACUCCGAGAUGGUGGCUGCAGAUUUUGACAACACUGGCGGAACGUUGGACCACAUGAAGCUCGAGAGGUGGAACGCCGCAAUCGACAAGAUUCAGAUCAUGCUUCCCCUCUUGGUCGAGGGUCACAAACUGCAGGAAGCCGGUGGCGCGGACGACAAGCCCGAGACGGAGGAGGAUGCGCUGUGGAGCCUCAAGACGCUGCAGGAGCGGUUCGUCGCGUCUGCCGAGAAGCUGGACAAGGAGCUGUACAAGGCGCUCCAGUUCACGGUGGACGUGUACGGGGACGAGUACCAGCAGAUUUUGGCGAAUUCCUCCAAGUUUAUGGUCUUGCUCAAGCGUAUGCUCAAGUUCUUUGAGGAUUUGACAGACACGAAGCAGGUGGGGCCGCUGUGUGUGGUGGCCUCGCGGCUCAUCGAGCACCUGUACUACAAGCCAGACCCGCUGAAUGCGGCCGUCUACGACGCCAUCCAGCACUCGCUGCCCGAGGAGGAGCGCGCGGACUGGGCAUGGCCCGAGGACUCGAGGCCCCUCAUGGCCAAGCUCUGUCACCACGUCUUCGCGCGGGCGCAGCUCAAGGACGAGGCGUUUGCGCUGGACCAGGCCAAGCUGCAGACGCGCGCAUGCCUCUGCCAGGCUUUCCACCUGGCGCUCCACGACCACUUCCAGGAAGCCCGGGACCUCCUGCACCUGGGCAACUUGGCCGAGAAGUCUGCAGAGCAUGAUGUCCACACCGCCAUCCUCUACAACCGCACCCUGGCCCAGAUGGGCCUCUGCGCGUUCCGGCUGGGCAAGAUCCAGGAUGCGCACAAUUGCCUCAUGGACGUGUGCAUGCACAACAAGGCCAGGGAGCUGCUCGCGCAGGGCCUGGUGUUCAGCAAGAACAUCGAGAAGACCCAGGAGCAGGAGCGUGCCGAGCGGGAGCGGCAGCUGCCGUACCACAUGCACAUCAACCUGGAGGUGCUAGAGAGCGCGCACCACAUCUGCGCCAUGCUCCUCGAGAUCCCGAACCUCGCCAUGGAGUCCAUCGUGCCCACCAACAAGCGCAUCAUCUCACGGGUACUCCGCCGGGCAUUAGAGUCCCAGGAGAAGCAGGUAUUCGCGGGCCCGCCAGAGAACGCCAAGGAGGCCGUCGUCAGCGCUGCCCGCGCUUUGCAAAAGGGGGACUGGUCGAUCGCGUGCAGCAUGCUCGAGGACCUCAAGCUGUGGGAGCACAUCGACCUGGGACAUCCGCAGAACGGGCCGAAGAUUAAGGACAUGAUAAAGGAGAAAAUUAAAAUAGAGGCUCUCCGCACGUACCUCUUCUCAUACGCGUCAAUCUACGAUGCCUUCCACAUCGAUCAGCUCGUUGGCAUGUUCGGCUUGGACUCCAAAAUCGUGCACUCUGUCGUCUCCAAGAUGAUGAUAAAGGAAGAGAUCACAGCUUUCUGGGACGAGUCCUCCAAGUACGUGCUCGUCCAGCACGUCGAGCCCAGCCCGCUGCAGCGGCUCAGCCUGCUUCUGGCCGACCGCGCGGCGCUGUGCGUGCAGCACAACGAGCAGCUGGUUGACCAGAAGACGCACUGCGGCUACGGGCUGAACGGCCGCAGCAUGGACCAGGGCCUCCAGGGCGUGGGCGGCAAGGGCGGCAAGGGCGCGCGCCCCCUGGACAAGGGCAAGGGCGGCAAGGCCGGCUCCAAGGGGAAGUCCACCCUCGCAAGGCCUGCGCAGAUGCGCGGCUGGGAGAAUGCCCGCGCGGGCGGACUGCGCGGCGGCGCGCAGCGCGGGUGGACCACCUCCGGUGGCCGCUGA